AUGUCCAACAGCAACACGGCACAGGAGUCUCUGGAAAUUAUGAAGGAAUCAGAAAAAAAGGUGGUUGAGGAAUCUGUGAACAAAACCAAAUAUGUAUCCAGGUCACCAAGCAAGGAGGAGGUGGAGAAGGAUGGGGGGGAGGAGGUCAGCGUGCGUCAGGAGUCUCAGAGGCGAACCUCAAGUCAUGGACACGCCAGGAAAAGAGCCAAGUCUAAUUCAAAGCUAAAACUGGUCAGGAGUUUGGCUGUGUGUGAGGAAUCCUCGGGCCCCUUUGUGGAUGGGCUGCUGGAAUCCCAGGAUGUCAUCCAGCUGCACGUGAGCUGCCCCUCUGACAAGGAAGAGGAAAAGUCCACGAAAGAUGGGGUGGAAAAGGAAGAAAAAGACAAGAAUAAAGAAAAAACACCUAGGAAAAUGCUCUCUCGAGAUUCCAGCCAGGAAUAUACAGACUCCACUGGAAUAGAUUUGCAUGAAUUUUUAGUAAAUACACUGAAAAAAAACCCACGGGAUAGAAUGAUGCUACUCAAGUUGGAGCAGGAGAUUCUGGAAUUUAUUAGUGAUAACAACAAUCAGUUCAAGAAAUUCCCCCAGAUGACUUCGUACCAUCGGAUGCUGCUGCACCGCGUCGCGGCCUAUUUCGGCAUGGACCACAACGUGGACCAGACUGGGAAGGCUGUGAUCAUCAACAAGACCAGUAACACCCGAAUCCCUGAGCAGAGGUUCUCUGAGCACAUCAAAGAUGAGAAGAAUGCAGAGUUCCCGCAGAGGUUUAUCCUGAAACGGGAUGACACCAGCAUGGAUCGGGAUGAUAACCAGUCUGGCCAGAAUGGAUACAUCAUGGACAGCAGACUCUCCACAGAAGUCUUUGCUUGUAGCUCUCACACAUGGAGGCAGAUUUUUAGGGGCAACCGGGACGGGCUGGGCCGGGCCUCGAGCAGCCGCCAGAGCAGCACCGAGAGCGAGAUGAAGUCCCUGGAGCCGCGGCCCUGGAGCAGCACCGACUCCGACGGCUCCAUCCGCAGCCUGCGGCCACCCGUCACCAAGGCCAGCAGCUUCAGUGGCAUCUCCAUCCUCACCCGGGGAGACAGCAUCGGGAGCAGCAAGGGCAGCACUGCCAGCAGGACAUCCCGAGCAGCCACUGCCCAGCAGCAGCCAGCCAUGAGCAGCCCCAUGAUGUCCCAGGCCGACGAGCUCAGCAGCCCCUUUGGGCAGAUCAGCCUCAGCCGACAGGGCUCAACAGAAGCCCCAGAUCCUUCCUCAGCAAUGUUCCAGUCAUCCCUCAUCUCCCAGCACCCUCAGCAGACAGGAUUCAUCAUGGCAACCCCUGGGCAGCCCAUUCCCACCUCCAGCUACUCCGCCUCGGGGCACACGGCCCCCACUCAACAGGUGCUGCAACCCCAGGGCUACAUUCAGCCUCCCCAGCAAAUUCAGGUUUCUUACUACCCCCCCGGGCAGUACCCGAACUCCAGCCAGCAAUACCGACCCCUCAGUCACCCAGUGGCCUACAGCUCCCAGCGCCCGCAGCAGCUCCCCCAGCAGUCCCAGCAGCCAGGUUUACAGCCAGUGAUGUCCAACCAGCAGCAAACAUACCAAGGUGUGAUGGGGGUGCAGCAAGCACAACCCCCAGGGCUCUUAAGCAGCCAGAGGAGUGGGAUGGGGAGCCAGAUGCAAGGCCUGAUGGUUCAGUACACGCCGCUGCCUUCAUACCAGGUUCCCAUGGCCAAUGAGUCCCAGAGUGUGGUCCAGCAGCCCUUCCAGCAGCCAGUGCUCGUGCCAGCCAGCCAGUCCAUGCAGGGGGGGCUCCAGGCUGGAGGGGUCCCCAUCUACUACAGCGUCAUCCCCACUGCUCAGCAGAAUGGCACCAGCCCGUCCGUGGGGUUCCUGCAGCCCCCUGGCUCGGAGCAGUACCAGCUGCCGCAUAUGCAGCAGCAGUAUUCAGGGGUGUCCCCGUCAGGCCCUGGCGUGGUGGUGAUGCAGUUGAAUGUCCCCAACGGCCCCCAGGCCCCCCAGAACCCUCCCGUGGUGCAGUGGAGCCACUGUAAGUACUACAGCCUGGAGCAGCGGGGCCAGAAGCCAGGAGAACUCUACAACCCUGACACCAGUGCUCAGGCCAGCACCCAGCUGAACAGCCCCAUCACGUCCCCCACCCAGUCCCCGACGCCGUCGCCCGUCACCAACCUCAACAGUGUCUGCACGGGGCUGAGCCCCCUCCCUGUCCUCACACAGUUCCCCCGGCCCAUGGGCCCAGCACAAGGCGACGGGCGGUACUCGCUGCUGGGCCAGCCCUUGCAGUACAACCUGUCCCUCUGUCCCCCUCCGCUGCUCCACAACCAGCCCAGCUACACGGCACACCAGGGGCAGACUGGAGUGAAACACGGAAACCGGAGCAAGAGACAGGCCCUCAAGUCAGCGUCCACCGACCUGGGGACGAGUGACGUAGUGCUGGGCCGAGUGCUGGAGGUGACAGACCUGCCCGAGGGCAUCACACGGACAGAGGCUGACAAGCUCUUCACCCAACUCGCCAUGGCUGGUGCCAAAAUCCAGUGGCUGAAAGAGACUCAGGGGCGCCGCGGGGACGGGGGCAGCGGGGACAGCGGCGGGACCCUGCGCCUCAACAACUCCCUCAGCCGCUUCAAGCUGCGCGUGGCCAAAAAGAACUACGACCUGCGGGUGCUGGAGCGGGCCAGCUCGCAGUAG